CUUCGCUACGACAACCACCAUCAGCAAUCAGCUGGAUACUUUGAAGACUGAGGUCCAGCAACUGCAGUCGACGAACACGGAUGGAAAACAAUCCAAAGCAAUACAAGAUGCCAACUUUCCAACUGGAAAAGUUCGACGACUACACGCAUCAGGACCCGGUGCUCUGGUGGGAAGCUUUCACGACGCAACUUCGGAUUCUGCCUGUCGCCAAGCACGCAUACAUCGGCGCCCUGUUUAUGAACUCAAAGGGCGGAUGCCAGAUCUGGUUAACCCACCUGGCAGCCACCCACAACGUCGACGUCGCAGAUCUGAAGGACAAGAUCUCAUGGGAAGAGUUAACACGGCUGUGGAAGAAGCGGUUCAUCGUCGACGAUGCACCAGCACUUGCCAUCAACCGUCUCUUCACCAUGACUCAAGGCAACACAGCAACACGUGACUGGCUCACGGAAUGGCAGAAGAUCGCGGCAACGCCCAAUCUUGACUUACCAUUUCCACAUUUGCCCCGUGAGUUCUACAACAAGUCAUUCGCUGCCUUGAGCCAGGCACUUGGUGAUCGCGAGCAGUAUGCAACCUUCGCCGAGAUCAUUGACAAGGCAAGGGAGAUCAUCAAGACCAACAGGGCGGCUGCACACGAGAAGUCAACGUGGCAGCCAACCUAUGUGGAGAAGGUGAGAACUGGUCCGCGACAGCAGCAGUUCGCUGCAGUCCAAUCGGACAACACUGUGGAAGACCCGGCAGCCACCCAAGCGUCACGUGAGGGAGAUCAGGUGGCUGCUGUCCAGCCGCGAAGCAACAACAAACCCCGAGUGAACGGGAAGGCGAAAUCAGCAUCGCCGGUCGGAAAUGGACAGCCAGCACCACCAUGGGUCAAGUUCAGCUUGACCGAGGCGGAGUACAAGUACUGCGGCCGUUACGGCUGCUGCUACUGGUGCAACAGCACCAAGCACAAGACCUUCCUUUGCCAGAAUCAGGCCAAGGAGGAUGUGCGGCCUCCUUCGCCGCAGGAUUCAACGUCAUGGUCAAGACUUGAAGAGUUUGACCUGUUGACAUUUGCGGACUUCCAAUGGAUGUCCCUUCCCCGAUCCGGUCGAUUGCCAAAACCGCAUUGCAACGUGCUCAAGGCACAAUUGCGGGAUUACUUGCACACUGCAGUAUCGACUUCGUUGAUGGACGCCGGAGUAGAGGUUGUCGACCUUCACGCAUACAUUGCGAAGAUCGACCGAGAGUUCAAGGCGCAACGGUACGACAACAUCGACGCACCAUUGCUAUAUGUACACAUUCAGAUCGGAGAGGCGACCUGCAGCGCUUUGAUCGAUUGCGGAGCAUCUCGCAACUACAUGAGUCAGGACUUCCUGGUACGCGCCGGCCUUGGCCCACGAGUCCGAAGGAAGUCCCAGCCAACGCAAGUCACGUUGGCGGACGGUCACACGCACAAGUCAAUCGACCGGUGCAUUGAUGACGUCCCAGUGUAUUUUGCCCCUCACAUAAGUAAGGCGGUGUCCUGUGACAUUCUGGACACCAAAUUCGACAUGAUCUUGGGCAUGUCAUGGCUGCGAAGCGAGGAUCACCCGGUGAACUUCUACCGCCGCACCGUUCACGUUCGUGAUCGGAACGGAGUACUAGUCCCAUGCACGGUAGCUCCUCCUCACCCUUCAGUUAGCUGUCAUGUGGUAUCCGCCGCAAGCAUGCGAGCUUCCAUCAUCAGAGACGACAUCGAGGAGACGGGGGUGUGUUUUCUCCACACCCUCCUGCCCCAUGACGCUUCAUCGACGGACUCUUCUUCAGAUGCAUGGAUCACCGAGUUUCUCGACGCCUACGGCGACGUGUUCGAAGGCCCGCACGGAGUAGUACCGGAUCGGCCCAUCCGCCACGAGAUCAUCCUCGAGGUCGGGGCCGUACCUCCGCUCAGUUGCAUCUACCGAAUGAGCGAGGAAGAGUUAAGUGUGCUUCGGGCACAACUCGACGACCUUCUGGAGAAAGGCUGGAUUCGGCCUAGCUCAUCGCCAUAUGGUGCUCCUGUUCUCUUCGUUCGGAAGAAGAAUAAGGAUUUGCGGUUGUGCAUCGAUUAUCGCAAGCUCAACUUGCAGACGAUCAGAAACGUCGGCCCUCUCCCACGCAUCGACGAUCUUCUCGAGCGACUGGGUGACGCCAAGUUUUUCUCCAAGCUCGAUCUCAAGUCAGGAUAGCACCAACUCGAGAUUCGGUAGGAGGAUCGCUACAAGACCGCAUUUAAGACGCGA